UACUGUUUUGCAGUAUUUUUUAAGCGCAGAGUGAUAGCUUUUCAGCGGCUUCAAUAAACAUUUUUGUAAUUGCGUUCUUCCCACGAAAAGGGCGGCAUUAAUUUUUUGUUUCGCAAUGGGCUCAAACGAUUUAACUUUUGGCGAGGGCAUCGAAUUUGUUCUUAAGAACAUUUCAAUUCAGUCUUCGCAGCGUCAAAGCUUCAAUAAAGACGCCGAAACAAUCCAGAAUGUAUUUCUUCGUGCCAUUUCAGGCCGCGAUCUCGCUUUUAGACGCGCUUUCAGAGGCCUUUCGUUGACUGGCAGCUGUCUGGACGGAUCAAAAAUUUAUUUGCCAGAUGAAUUUGACUUGUUAACCAAAAUGGAUCUGAACUGCACCUUGCAGCCAGUCCCCAAGGCAGGCCACCCAGGCUAUGUACGUCUACGCGUCAGUGGCAGAAACGCACCCACCCACCUGGUCGAUCGGCGUUCGGGCUUCGACUACAUUAGUCGCGAUAAGCUGCAGGCCUGGUUCCGCCAGAACAUAUGCGCGGUAAUGCAAGAGUUGCAGCACAUUCGCUGCCAGAAUGGCCGCGUGUAUGCCCUGAAGUACAUUGCCCUCGGCUACGGCGUGGCUCACACCAUAAUGGCAACCUGUCGCGGCGAUCGCAAGCGCAAAAUCUACUUUGACUUUGUGCCAGCGUUUGAAUUCCAAGCCAGCGAAUGGCCCCAGGAAUUGCCCAACCAUCAACAUGAGAAUCGCACCUGGUUCGCUGUUCCUCGUAGCAUCCGUGGCAGGAAUGCUCGGAAGGAUUCACUGACCUUCAUCGUCUGCGCUCCGUACUGGGAGCGCAUGAAGUUGGAAAAAAAGAAAAACCUGAAGAACACUAUGCGCCUGAUGAAGGCCAUUCGCAGUGCCCAUCAUAUGAAUUCUCUGGUCAGCUACAUGAUCAAGAGCAUUUUUCUGAACUGCGCCGAAUGGAAGUAUAUCACAUGGAACCAAUCUCCCGGACGAAUACUUAUCCGUAUGACCGUACGUAUGAUUUGGAGCCUUUUUAAAAACCGGUUACCAUUUUACUUGGUGCCGGGAUUGAAUAUCUUCGAAACGGUAUCCAAAAGCCAGAAGUCCAACUAUCUGAGAAUUUUUAACCGCAUUAUUUGCACGCUCAUCAAGUGCCGCGAUCGCAAUUGCAUGACCCCAGACGAUAUGGCAUUCUUGUUCGGUAUUCGUUACAACUGAGAUGUCCUGAUGUUCUACUCAUUAACAUAUUUUUUAUACCAAAUUUUUUUUAAAUACUUUUUUUGAGAAUUUCGCAGUAUAUACCUGCCACGCACUGAAGCAUUUGUUGUUUCGUUUUAUCUCAAAUCUGUAAUAAAACUAUGAAAGAAUAA